UUUAGCUUUGUUAGAAUGAUUGCAUAAUACAUAAAAAUCGACGAGCGGAAACAACAUCAUAGGUGUCACACCGCUAAGAUAGAUAUCAUACCUCAACCACAGUGCGCAAAUGCAAGAUGGCCGUUAAGCCUAGAAUGCAUAUUUUGACAACGAAUCAGUCCGAAAAUUAUGACUGUUGAUUACAUUGUGAUAUCGUCGGGGGUCGAGGACUCCUUACAGGAAGAUGCUGCGGAAUUUAGUGCUGAGGAUAGUGAUCUGGCCGAUUUUGUGUUUCAGGAAGACGAGUUCGAUGCCAUUGAUUAUGACAUACCACAACAGCCCAACUCGUUGUUGCCCCCUCAUAUAUGGUCCUUGUUCCGGGACCGGUCGAAGAGGGAUACAUUCCUUACGCAGGCGUUGCAAUAUGUGCGCGGUUUGGGGGGAACUCCCGGAACUAGCGGUGACAAGGACUACCAUCUCUGGCACACACAACCAGAGAUGAUGCACCAACUACUCCUCGCCCACAGAUGCGUGCCACUACAGAACACGACACUUUUGGACACUUUCGGAGAGAUCUGGCAGAAUGACGUCACGGUGUGCAGGGCUUGCUGCGAUGAAUACCAUGACUCCAAGGAGUUCUGGUACAACGAAUUCCGGAAAUCUGAAAAUCUCGCAUCGAUCUCCUUCAAGAACACAUACGACCAGAUGGACACCACUCGGCUGUGUAGUGCUUUCAACGAGUACGUCAGAGUAAAAGAAACCAGUAAAUGGGUACCCAUUUACGAAGUGCUGGCCCAUCCCGAGCUACUAGAUACCUCCGAUCUCCUUAACGAUUCUUUCGCUGCGAUGAUCCAAGUGUACGAAGAGCAGAAUGUGACGCUGUAUGUGCCCGGUUAUAUAGUUGGAAAAGGGAUACUGCUCAUCCACCAGAAUGACAUCGUCAGGAACUGGGCGGGAAGUCAGUAUCGAAUAUCCAAGAUGACAGCCGAGGAAUUCGAGACGUUCGAGCCUGUAUUCUCACGCGUGUAUCUGGGAAAACUCCAGGCGAUCAAUGACAACCGUGUGAAACCUGAAACCGAUGACCGCCGGCGAAACAACAGACGCUUUUUCUGCGGCUUGAGAGAGGUGUUGAAAGGAUUUGAUGAAGGCGUUGCCCAAUGCCGAGCCUUUGAUUCCAUCGCCCAUGAACUCGUAGACCACAUUAUCUCGCAAUUGGCUGUGGACUGUGGGUACUUGCUCGAGGUGAUCAACUGCUUCCACAUACUGACCAAUCUUCUGCAGCACAAGGUUUGGUACUACUCUACGCUUGCCCUUGGAGACAUUCUGGACGGCCUCUUCCAGAAUAGUUCGUACCUGCAGCUGCUUAAAACGCUGGGCACAAGAGGGAGUCCUCCGAUGCUUGUAAUCAAGUGGAUGGUUCCCAUGUGUUUGUGGUACUGCCAAUGGCUCAAACAGUUCAGUAACAAGAUAUCACCAGCAACCGGCAAGCUUUUCAAUAGGCUCGUGCUAUUGAACAGCGAUUCCACGUACCCUGACGACGUACGAGUGCUUAUGAACGAACUGGUGAUCAGUAUAGUGGAGGUGUUCUACACAGACAAUAAGCAGAAUUUUAUAUUGUCGGCUGCGGAUAUAUGGGUGGCUCGCAUGGUACAUGGCAUGCAGCAGCACAACGCGCAGUCAAAAGAAGGGCUGGAAAAAGACACGGUGUCUCAGCAGUACUGGCGCAAGUGUGUGACGGUGCUGCUGUAUGUUCUCGAGAAAGAUAUGGAGAACUACAUUGCUAAUGACAUCCAAGACCGAUACGUUGUGUGUAGCAAACUUUGGUCUGUUAUAGCCGAAUCAAAGCUUGAGGAUCUGCCGACUGAUGUGAUGCUAUAUAUACUCAUCUCACUAUCUAGGGGGCAACUGACUAAUGUAGAUCGCAAUCAGAGCACACCCAACCAAAGAGCACAGCGAGCCCUCGACUGUUUCACUAAAACUCUUCAGUCCGUUCUGACAAAAAUCUCAGACGAAACUGAUCGGGACUGCAUGAAACAGCUCUUUACGGGAUCUACUGGCAAUAUUGACGAGAAUAACAGCGGAUACAACACGCAGAGCGUGUUGGAUGCAAUCUUAGUACAUUUCUGCUGGGGCUCGAAAGAGAUCCGAGCGUUGGCUGUGAAGUGCUUUGUUCGCUUCAGUGAAGUAUUCAGCUAUCUCGACGUACACGGCUACAUCCAGACAUUCUUCUUUAACGGUGCCUCCAAAGUUUACUUGGACCAGCAUGCGCUUUGGAUGCCCCACAUAAUCGCAGAACUUGGUAUGAUCACAGAUGACAGCGUGAGGCGGUCAGUACUCGGCAUGAUAUUCCGCACGUACGACACACUGAAUACGCUGGACUAUCAUUUUGAUGACGAUAUGCUCAAUCUGCAAAGGAAGGUCAAAGCGCAGCUGAUCAAGAUGGAUGACGACGAAGAGGAGGAAGAGGAGGAAGAGGAAGAGGAAGGAGAAACAGAUGCAGACCCGUGGGAAUCUGGUACGCGACAACGUGCCAAGGCCUAUACUGUACGGUCUGGUUCGUCGUCACCUACAACCACCUCAGCGAGUGAUGUGGCCCCACUGCCAGCUCCAAUCACAUUACCUAAAAUACUAAAGACCAAAAAAAUCAGUAAAUAUGAUGUGUACAAAACAAGUAACGGGUCGACGGCAACUAGAAAGGCGCCUGCUAAGAAGAAAAACAAAAACUUUUUAGACGUGCUAAGAAAAAAGUCCAAUGCCAAAAACAAAAACAGCGCACUCGGAACCACUAACGCUAGGGAUGCCCUGGGCUCGCACAGGAUGUUCGGAACUUCUGGGUUUCAAGCAGCUGCCAGGCGGUCUACCAAACAUGCCCAGCCCUCUCUGCUUUCGAGAUUCGCGGACUUCGGAGAAUCGGAAGAUAAUAAAAUGCCCAAAGCGACCUCAGCCUCUGCCCGACUGAAGGAGCAAGGGCUCAAGCAACCAACUGUCACCGCUCCAACACCCCCUACAAUCCCUGAUCUUACAUUCUCUAAAGGGGCUCCUACAAAGUUGGGAUCAUUCGGGGGCAGUUUCUCCGGUAAACCCCAGGAGGACAGAUUAGCCAAAGCUCUUGCGACUUGGAGUCGAAAAGGUGCAAAGGUUACUGUGGUUGAGCUGCCUUCAACGCCCAAAUUCGUUCAGAAAGAGAGGCCAGCGAUGGUUACUAAACCUGAAUCUACGUUGGUCAUUGUUGAUCUUUUCAAACAAGUGCUGAUGUGGCAUUUGCGGAAGGCAGACAAGGACGACAGUUUGACUCAGUUGGUAGUCAAAGACGACAAGCCGAAGGAUGUUAUCCCUUUGGCCUUCGACGACUACGCGCACUACAGGAGGAUCUUCACUCCAUUUCUAAUCGUCGAGUUUGCCGAUUCACUUAGAAAUGAAUCUGACUUCGGGAGUGAGCGAAUAUUUGGUAACGAUGGCUUCUGUCUUGGAGACAUCAGAAAAGACGGCGAGUUCUGGCUUCUCCGCUUUGCGCCUAGCCAGGCCAUAAUCGACUGUGAGUAUGGGGUCGAUGAUGUGGUGGUAAUCAGCAGACCACCCAAGACGAAUGCAGACGGAACUGCUGCCUCACCCGAGAUAGAUCGAACAUCUGGAGUGCCUCCACACCUUCUUGGAUUAGUGCAAGAAACUCCCAGAUGGAAAAGCGACAAAGACAAGUUCCUUGUUAUCAAACUGCAUUACAAUGCCGAGAUGGAGAAGACGUUUCGUGUGGGCACCCUGACCGGAAACUUCCGGAUAAAUCAGGACUAUCAUGUGUCCAAACUGGCGAACAUCAGACCAAUCAUCCGGCAAUACCAGGCACUGGUCAACUGCGGUAACUCACCUUUGAUAAACUGUGUGAUCAAACCAAAACUGCCGGCGAUGGCUCUUCGAGGGGAUGCUAUCGCACACGAGGCGACAAGCCAUCUCGCCAACCGCCGCCACCAGCAGUAUAACAGACCACAGUUACAAGCCAUCCGCAAUUCGAUUGCAUACGAUGGCAUUACUAUGAUUCAGGGACCUCCGGGCACAGGCAAAACGCGCACCAUCCUAGGUUUACUGGCCGCGUUUUUCAAACAGCCGUAUCUACCUCACAAGCCGCGUGUGCUGCUGUGUGCGCCAUCGAAUGCAGCUGUGGAUGAGGUCGUCCGGCGUAUCCUUGAUGUGGGCCUUGACAUGGGUACAGAUAUAAAGCAUCCAGUCAUCGUGAGAGUCGGCGAUGAGAGGAAGAUGGAUGAACGGGUAAUGUCAAGAUCCUGGAAUACACUGGCAAAGGUACCGCUCGACGCGCUGAAAAAGAAGUUGGAAGCCCUCAAUGAGCUACAGAAGGAAAAAGGGAAACUACACAGUGAUGCGAAACGCCUCACCAACGAACGACUUUCCUACCUCAAGGAGAAUGGUACUUCCGGUCAUCAGAGUGACACUCAAUGGAUCGCGCUUAGCAAAGCACAGCAAGACGCGAAAACCACAUAUAUAACAGCGAAGACAGCGCGGGAGAAAAUGUACAGAAAUAUGGGUAGGCUACGCGAACAAGAGAAAGUUACCAUACUGGAGGGUGCAGAGAUCAUAGCAACCACAUUGAACGGGUCCGGGAAUGAUGCGUAUGUAAGGGCGCACAUCGAUAUCGGGUUUACGGUCAUUGAUGAGGCAGCGCAGUCUACAGAACUGGAUGUGCUAAUUGCACUGCAGCAUAACGGACGCAAAUGCGUCAUGGUGGGCGACCCCAAUCAGCUGCCAGCCACAGUCCAAUCCAAGAUCUCCAAGGAGUUAGGAUACGAGCGCAGCAUGUUCAGAAGGAUGCAGGUGUAUUUCCUUCAGCAGUCAGAGAAUAAGCACAGUCCCGUGGAGCUACUGACGGUGCAGUAUCGCAUGCACCCGGAGAUCGCCUCCUUUCCAUCGAAGCAGUUCUAUGAAGGGCAGCUAACAAACCACUCCUCUACGCACACCGGGAGGCCGGUGUACCAGAAAGUGUUUGGGCCGUACAUGUUUGCCAAUGUGGAUGGCAUAGAACAAAAUGUGCACGGCAGUUAUAUCAAUGAAGAGGAGGCGAAUGAUACUCUGGCCCUCUUCGUGUGGGUCUGCAUGAGCUGCAGAGGGACGGGAUUCUCUGGCAGGGUGGGUAUUGUGACGCCGUAUUCAGCUCAAAAACAUCUCAUCAGGAGACUAUUCUGCGACUUCUUCGGCGGUGAAGCUAUAUUGAGUCAUGUGGAAAUUGACUCUGUAGAUUCGUACCAGGGCCGGGAAAAGGAUAUUAUCAUCUUCUCGUGCGUGCGUGCCAACCACAGCGGAAAUAUCGGAUUUCUGAACGACGUGCGGCGGCUGAACGUUGCGCUCACUCGGGCGAAGCAUUGCAUGUGGGUGCUCGGCAAUGCUGAGCUGCUUUCAAAAGACAAGGAGAAAUCGAUAUUCAAGGAUUUAGCGGACGAUGCUCGUGACCGUGUAUUGAUGAAAAAUGGCCGGCCCUGGUCCGAAUACUCUAGAAAACACCCUGCACCUUCCAACGCAAUGCUGGAAGACUCAGAAAUCGACCUUAAGGCUCAGGCCGCAAUCGCAGGCUACAGAGCGUUAUCGUCUGGGGGUUCAAACAAGAGUCUGUCCGCAGUGCGAGACACACACCUUCCUGGUACGAGAAACAGACACUCGAGGAGUAGCGGAGGAGGGUGCAGUAGCCGUGACAGCACACCUUCCCCUGAGGUGAGAGAUGCGCGUCCUCUGGAUAACCGUGAGACGUCUAGGAGAGGAAACAGUGGAGGUUCUAGCAGCCGUGAAGCCAGAGAGAGCUCCUCUGAGAACAGGAUACGCUCAACUAAACGCCCAGGCACUGAGGUGGCUGAUAACACCCAUGAUCGGAAACGCACAAAACGGACCUCGAUUGAAAAUCGGGAUAAAGAUUGCAGUAGAAAUGCACCGCGGCAUUCAAUUGAGACUCGAAAUUCGACAGACGGAACAAUUAUUCAUUUGCCUAAAGAUGCAGCACAAGCGAGAGUUGAGGAGGGAGAGAUUGAUGGGGAGCACCACCGAGGUCCUGUGAGGAAGAAAUCUGAGUGCACACGAUCGCCCAAACGACAGAGGAGUUCUAGAGACAUGGAGAGAUGGGAGGACAGCAAUGGGCGCGAGAGCAGAGGAAGUAAAGAGAGGAGGCCGAGCAGAGACAGUCGAAUUGGCCGAACGGCGUCUCGUGGUGGUGAGGGCUACAGGGGUUUUUCUGAAACUAGGAGUCGAGACUUGCGGAGAGACAAAACAAUCGUGCAGGACUCGAAGGGUCACUAUAACGAAGAGCUGAGAAACGAAAAUGGUCGCACAAGCAGAGUGGAUCGGAGCAGCCGAGAUUAUGCCUACGAUACCAAUAGACGUAGGACACAGACUGUAGAAGAGUGUCGUGAAUCAAGGGACGGUGGAGGAUCAUUGGACGGAGAUAGCGAUUACAGGCAUAGAAGGAGAAGUGGGAGCUAAUCGGAAUGUCUAGCGCUCGAUAUUUUUGAGCUGCAGAAUGACGGACGGACUAUAAAAUUAGAGUAUUAAACAUUUCUAACUACUAACUAUUCCGCCGACGUCGCUUCAUAACACAAAGAUAAGGGGAGGGCCCUAGAAAUUGCUGAAUUAGUCGAGAACUGGAUUUUUAAAAUAUGAGGAAUGCAGACAUAAAUUAC